GCACCAUCCAGCAGCGGAGCCUACCUUCGUGAGUUCGUGUGUGCCCUGAGUACUCUUGUCGCCUGCUGCUGCAGAGGGUGAUUCCGAUUCGGCGUCCUGCUGCCUGUGCAAGUCCACCUCCUCUCCGUUGCGUUUCGAACCGGACCGGGCAUCGAAACGGCUGCAUCUGGAUUGUCAUUUCCUUACCACACAGCAGCUGUGGCUCCGCCGGACAGAGACGGGGAACAAACAACCGGCAAGGUGGUGCGUGCCUACCACGCUCGCUCGUGACGCGACGAUCCCACGGCCACCACCUCACGCCCAAAGCCGCGGCGGCGCCUUUCUCUUUCUCCCCUCCGAUCCGUGCUCCGCAUGUCAACGCGACGCGAACAAAAAGGACUCCCUCCAUCCACCACCGGCACCGCUGCUCUGCCUGCCACACAACGAAGGUUCGUCGCUCCCGCUCGUAUAAAGCCAGCGCCCCUCGCAAAGUCGCACCACUAAGACCAACUCCAGCAACACUCCGUAUCCCACUCCGCAUCCGCAUUUUGCACGGUCUGAGGCACUAUUGCGCGCUCCAGCAGGCUCCGCAUCCCUCUCCGCAAAAUGGACGCCGUGUCCCUGCGCUCCCCAUUUCCACACUUUCUCUCUCCUCUCCGCAGCUCUCUGCGUGCGCGCGCGCCUGCUGGCGGGCCCCAGGUGUCAUAGACUGCAUGCGGAGUGGGAUGGGGAGUGUUGCUGGAAACGGAGACGGAUACGAAGAGGAGAGAGAAUGUGUUGGCCGCGCGUUUUAGGGAUACGGAGAGGGAGUCUGCUGGAGUUGGUCUAACUACUCUACUCCACAUCCAUCCACUAUUUUGUCCUGCUUGGAUUCCCUCCGCUCCGGCCUCCGUCUCUCUGCUGCCUAGCAAGCUCUGCCCGUCGGGCAUGGGGCCCACGUUGGACGGAGCUGCUGGCGGAGGCAAGAAGCGCAAGCGCGUCCCGCCGGGCCUCGCCGACCUCCACGACGACAUGCUAGAGCGCGUGCUGGCGCGCCUCCCGCCGGCCAGCUACUUGCGCCUCCGGGGCGUCUCCCGCCGGUGGCGCGCCGCGGCGGAGUCCAGCACCUUCCGCGCCGCCUGCGCGCGCGUCACGGCGCGGGACCCAUGGUUCCUCAUGCUCGACGACCCCGACCACCAGGACGAGCAACGGCCACGCUACACCGCCGCCGCCGUCGUCUUCGACGCCGCCGAGCGCGCCUGGGCGCGGUGGCGCGGCGCGCCGGGGCCCCAGCGGCCGGUGGCCGCCGCGGGAGGGCUCUUGCUGUACCGCGACCCGGGCACGGGUGACCUCACCGUGGUCAACCCGCUCACGGGCGCGGCCCACGCGCUCCCGCCGCCGCCGCCGCCGGCACUGACGCGCGCGCUCCAGGCUAUCGCCAUGUACGGCGCGCCGUACCGCGUGGUCCUCAUCCUGGGCGAGCUCCCGGACCUGUCCACGGUGGCGUACGACUCGUCCACGGACGCGUGGGGCGAGGAGGCGGCGCUGUCCCGGAAGCCGGAGGAGGAGGGCGGCGGCGGCGGCGGCGACGGCACGGUCUACUUCCUGAGCAAGUCCGGCGACGUGGUGGCCACCACCACGCAGCGGAGCGCGGCGCGGCAGUACUCGUCCGCCGUGGCGUGCGGCGCCGGCGCCGACGCCGUGGCGUACUUCCUGAGCCGGUCGGGCACGGUGGUGGCCUGCGACCUGGCGCGCCGCGCGUUCGCGGAGCUGCCCCGGAUCCUGCCCGCGCACCACGAGCACUCCGUCGACGUGGCGGCCUGCGGCGGCGCCGCCUACGCCGUGGUGCUCUCGGAGUUCCUCGACGCGGCGAGCCUCCGCGUGUGGGAGUUCGCGCGCGGCGCGUGGCGGCAGGUGGCCGCGAUGCCGCCCGCCAUGGCGCACGCCUUCCGCGGCGCCAAGGCGGACGUCAACUGCGUCGGCCACGGCGGCCGCGUCAUGGUCUGCGUCAGCUCCAGCUCCAGCUCCGCCAGCGGCUGCUUCAUGUGCGACGUCAGGACCAACCGGUGGGAGGAGCUCCCGCGGCGCCAAGGCGGGGACGGGGACGGCUCCACGGGAUUCGUGGCCGCGCUCUCGUUCGAGCCGAGAAUGGAGGCCGCCGUCUGAGUCUCAACUCUUGGGCAUUGGCUAUUUCUUUCGUGCUUGGCGGCAUUCCUGGUUGGUGCCCUUGGAGUAGUAAGCAAAGCGUGUAGUGUGAUUCCAUGGAUUGUUCGCGCGUGAUUGAGAUCGUUUCGUUUGCCUUCCCCUUCCAUCAUUCCGAUUCA